GUCCUGCUCUCAAACCACAGCAGCUCCUCACGCAGCGAGACCGGACCAGAGACCCAGAACCCCCACGACAGCGGAGAUGCAGUCCUCACUGGCCGAGAGCCUUUUCGCGGGAGACCCGUUCUUCGAGCGCUCCACGGUGCUGUGGCCGCUGUGCCGGGGGCCGCUGGGCGGCGUGCGGGAGGACUUCCUGCAGAGACGCAGCGCCCUGGCGGACAGCUUCCUGCGGGAGCUCAGCGGCCUCUUCCCCUACGACUUCCUGAAGGGCGGCGCUCUGGGGUCGCGGGCGGGCGGGCGCCCCGGAGAGACGCGGCGGCUCAGCUCCGAGGGCGGGCUGGAGCUGGCGCUGGACGUGCGGGAGUUCGGCCCCGACGACAUCACGGUGAAGCUGGCGGGCCGCGAGCUGGCCGUCGUGGCGGCGAAGAGGGGCGAGGAAGGCUCCGCCCGGCGGCAGGGCUUCCUGCAGAAGAUCGGCCUGCCCGACCACGUGGACCCGUCCGCCAUCACCUGCUCGCUGACGCCCGACGGCCUGCUGCGCAUCCAGGCCCCCCCCGCGGCCCCCCCCGCGCCCGGGGACGAGCGCACGGUGCCCAUACGCUUCCGCACCUCCCUCAACUUCCCCGUCAACAGCCCCCAGCCGGACGCCCCGCUCCCGCCCAAACACGCCUAAAGACUGCCCCGCGCCCUCUCCACCGCACUUUUAUAACGGACCCUUACCCUGGACUCUUUGUGUAAAAUAAUAAUGGCUAUGUUUAUUUAAUAAACGGAAUUUCAUUUGCA